AGAGUUUCUUAUCAAUCACUGUAGACUUAACCCAGCUCCGACUGUACUAACAUGGGUUUUCUCUGUGGUUUUCCCAUGUUACUGUUCCAAUAGCCGAGUGGUGAGGAUCAGGGCAAAUGCGUUACAGAAGGCACAAGUCGGUCCACAGCCGCAAUGAUAAGGCAAAGUUAAGGCAGUAACUAAGCAGAAUGAUAAGGCUUGGGUGUAAAAGGGCGUUAUUACGCGUGUAUACUAGAAAUCCGUAUAUAAAUAUAAAUAAAUAUUAAACUGUAUUGGUAAAAAAAAAAAAUAAUAAGUGUGUGAAUUAUUGAAAAUAAUUAAGUGCAAACAUAAAGAUACAGAUCUCAAAAAAUGACUUAUCAUUGCAUUACUGCUCUAUUUCUUAAUGUUUGUCAAGCUCAAAUUCAAUAUACGAAUGUACUCUGAACUUUGAUGUUUAAUUGUAAUAAUAAUAAAAAUAAUAAUGAUGAUAGAAAUUCCUUAUCAACAUAUCAUUUAAAUAUUUACUUACCUUUGUUACGCACCAAUUAAGCUUACACGAAUGCUCACUGCGUAGAAACAAUUAAAUCGUAAUACUGGACGACAUAAAGUGUCUAGAACUUGGUCCUACAAUUUCAAUUUUUGUACGAAUAUUUUAAAAUCAACUUCAUAUUAUUGUGUUGUAGAUAGUUAAUCAAUUGUUCAGUAAUAUUAAACUGAAAUAAUUAAUGAUCAAAAAUGAAUUUUUGACAUUAAAUAAAUGUGGAACGCUUUAAAAACUUGCAAAUGAAGAAUAAAGAAUAAUUCUUACUAAUGAUGAUGAAUUUUUAAAUCAUUAAAAUGCAAGAAUUUUGUCUGCUGUUUUUAGUUUUUUGUUUCUUAGUAUCGUCGGCAAUGAUCGAAGAAAAAAAAGAAGAUAAUUUUUCUAAACUAUCAAAAAUUCUGGUACAUAUUAUAAAAUCUUGCGAAAAAGAUUAUCACGCUGCCGUUAUUAACAAUCGGACAGAUGAAAGUGUAAGUAGACACUUGGGCAACUUAGAAUCAGUUGCUGUUAAUUUUCAAGAUAAUUUAUUAGUAUCGAAAUAUGAUAAUAAUAUCAUACAUGGUAAAGGAAAAAUUGACUUAUUUAUCGCAACUGUUGAAAAUUCGGUUGGCGAAUUAAACAAAAUUCUGCGUCGUCUUAAAUUUUCUCGUUGGUGGAACAUAAUGAUGACUUAUUUUAUAAUAAAUGGGUCAGAUAAUGGCUGCAAACACGCCUUUACUGCUUUACAAAUGAUUUGGCGAAUGAACAUACUGAAUUGUUACUACAUAUGUUUUGAUUUCGAUGGAAAAUCUUUUAUCUAUACUUUUAAUCCGUAUUCAAGUCGAGCUCCUGAUCAAUGGAAAAUCGCCGAAGAAAUAUCAAAUGCAUCAUAUUAUAUGGCAAUUUACAAUCGAGUGUAUGACGAAGAUGAUAUCUGCAAAGAUUUUUAUUUUGAUCGAACCAAAUAUGUUGACAAAUUCCUGAUGAAAAUUGGUAUUCCAUCUCGGAUGCAGAAUCUUCAAAGUGGAUUAGACGUUAUUUCAGCAAUGAAGACUGUUUUCAAUCUUUCUCUCAUUAAUGUGCAUUUUUUAUGUAAUACUAAUGAUCAUUUAAGCACGUUUUGGAAACUUGCAAAUAAAGAAUAAAGAACAAUUCUUAUUAAUGAUAAUGACUUUUUAAAUCAUGAAAAUGCAAGGAUUGUUGCUACUAUUUUUACUUUUUCGCUGUUUCUUAAUAUCAUCAGCAAUGAUUGAAGUAAAAAUGGAAGAUAAUUUUACUAAAUUAUCAAAAAUUCUGGCACAUAUUAUAAAAUCUUGCGAAGAAGAUUAUCACGCUGCCGUUAUUAACAAUCGGACAGAUGAAAGUGUAAGUAGACACUUGGGCAACUUAGAAUCAGUUGGUGUUAAUUUUCAAGAUAAUUAAAUAGUACUGACAAAUUGGGACUCUAUAAAUUAUAAUAAAAUCAUGUAUGGUAAAGUAAAAAUUGAUUUAUUUAUCGCAACCGUUAAAAAUUCGGUAGAAGAAUUAAAGGAAAUCCUGUAUCAACUUAAAUUUUCUCGUUGGUGGAACAUAAUGAUGUCUCAUUUUAUAAUAAAUGGUUCGGAUAAUGGCUGCAAACACGCCUCUACUGCUCUGAACAUGAUUUGGCAAAUGAACAUACUGAAUUGUUACUAUAUAUGUUUUGAUUCUGAAGGAAAACCUUUUAUCUAUACCUUUAAUCCGUAUUCAAGUCGAGCUCCUCGUCAAUGGAAAAUAGUCGAAGAAAUAUCAAAUGCAUCAUAUUAUCUGGCUAUUUAUAAUCGGCAGUAUGACAGAGACGAUAUCUGCAAGGGUUUUAAUUUUAAUUUAACCAAGUAUUUUGACAAAACCCAGAUAAAUAUUACUAUCUCAUCUACAAAAUUGGAAGCUUUACAUAAUGGAAAGCACACUACCAAAGUGUUGGACAAUUUUUUCACUGUCAAUAUUACUAAUAUAUCAUGUGCGAACCUAAUGUCUGAACUCUUUUAUGAUACAAUGAAGCAUCCAGAAGUUUUAUGGUGCACAGUAAUCUACGAUUUGUGGACUGAAGCAUAUUGGAUGAAAAGAAUUAGCUAUCCUACAAUCCUUGAAGGUCUAUACAUCUUAUCAAGCAAUCAAAGAUACCUCUCGCCCUUAGAAAAAAUUCACACAUCUUUCGAGUUUUCACUUAUUCUAGGAACAAUCAUAAUUUCGAUCAUUACCUACUUAGUUCUUCUAUUCACAGAUUUGAAUCAAACAUGUUCAUUUGCCACAUUUGAAAUAAUUCGUUUGUGGAUUGGUGUUUCAUUGAAUACCAGAAUGAACUCUCACCGUAUACGAAUAUUCUUCAGUUCUAUACCCUGAUUAAGAAAUCUCAUUUGGAAUGAUUCGAAAAGACGCGGGUUUAAUCAUUUCAAAUCAUCCCAAAUUGUCAGGAUGAUUUGACUUUCAAGCAUAAAUUUUACA